UGCCCCAGACUGUGUUAGGGCAGGACGUGCAGUGAAGGUCCUUGGUUCGUGCUGCGUGCAUGUACCGUUUUUUGACUUUAUAGAGGGUAUUGUUAGGGUAUCAGGGUGUUAAGAGGGUAUCAGGGUGUUGAGAGGGUAUCAGGGUCUUGUCAGGGUGUUAGUGGGCUGUCAGAGUGUCAUGGGGAACCAGCUUGAUGAUCUCCUGGCCCGCUUAGGGACUGGCAGGUGGUCCAUCCUUCACUGCGUGGCCAUGGCAUACAGUUCUCUCUUCCUGUCGCCACACACAUUCGGGGGCGUCUUUUUAGCUCCUCGUCUUGACUUUUCCUGCCUUCCUCCUAGUAACUCGACCCUAAUCCACUCGGCCCUGACCAACUCGACCCAAUCAUCCCUGCCAAACAUCUCUCAGCCCUUCGCGUUGCAGGGGAGUUGCCAGUAUGUUGUGGACACUCCGGGAGGCGAAGUGGAGGAGUGUGUGGAGUUUGUCUUCGAUAACUCCACUUUCUCCUCCACUGUGACGUCUGAGUUCAACCUGGCGUGUGAUAGGGCCUACCUGCAGACCUCCUUCCAGAGUCUGUACAUGCUGGGGGUAUUCUUCGGCGCUCCUAUCACUGGCUACCUGUCUGACAAGUACGGCAGGAAACGCGUGGUGGUGGUGUGUUCAGUGGUGUACCUCACGCUGGGUGUGGCCUCUGCCUGGCUGCCCCUCCUCUCCCUUAUCCUCGCCUCACGUUUUGUCAUGGGUUUCUUCCACUCCGCUGUCUCCUACGUCUCUUACGUUCUCAUGGUGGAGGUGGUGGAGCCCAAGAUGAGGAUAGUGGCAGCUUUCGGCGCCUUCAACGUGUGGGUGAUGGGUGUAGUGAUGUACGGCGGCCUGGGCUACUGGAUAAGGGACUGGAGGAUCCUACAGACUGUUAUGACGCUGCCCGGCUUCCUGGUGCUACCCAUGUUGUGGCUGGUGGAUGAGUCCCCGCGAUGGCUGAUCGUGAACGGGCGGCCACGGGAAGCCCUGCAGGUGCUGACGAAGGUGGCGUCCUGGCACGGCGUGGACCUUCCCCUGGAGGCUGAGAUGAAGACGCUGAUGCAGGAGCAGGCAUCAGGAGCACAGAAAACCUCAGAGAACUCGUCAGUGUGGCUCCGUCUCAAGAAAAUUUUCUCCGAGGUUCUGGUGCUUCUUAGAACGCCACGGCUAAGAAAACGCACCCUCUGUAUUUACCUCAAUUUCCUGAUGGUGGGGACCGUGUACUUCGGGUUGUCUCUGAGCGGGGCAAACAUCAGUGACGACCCUUUCCUGUACAUGGUGCUGAGUGGGCUGAUGGAGGUGCCAGCCUACACUCUGACCAUUCCCAUCGUGAGGAGGUUCGGGAGUAAGGUGCCUCUCUUCUCCUUCUUCCUCACUAGUGGCGUUGUUUUGCUCGCCCUUGCCUUCACGCCCUCAGUCUACAGAACUGCAAUCUUGACGCUGGCCAUGCUGGGAAAGGUGGCUAUCACAGGAGGCUUCCAAACCAUCACCUUCUUCGCCGGUGAACUCUUCCCGACGGAGGUGAGAAACCGAGGGAUCAGCACGUCCUACAUGAUGUCCAGAAUUGGAGCUAUGGUGUCUCCUUUCAUCACGGACCUGGUGGGCAGCGUUUAUCCGUGGGCGCCCUUCGUGGUAUUCGGUUCAGGUGCCUUGCUGGCAGGGGCGGGGACGCUGCUGCUGCAGGAGACUCGAGGCCAGAACCUGCCUGAGACUGUGGCGCAGCUGGAAGAGAGGCAGAUGGAGAGAUGAGUGACUGCUCUCUCUCUCUCUCUCUCUCUCUCUCUCUCUCUCUCUCUCUCUCUCUCUCUCUCUCUCUCUCUCUCUCUCUCUCUCUAUUGCAGCAUCUAUUUUAUUGUCUAUUAUUGAUUUAUUUUUCAUUUUUCAUCCUUUUUAUGAUUCCAUAAAAGUUAACUAAUAAAGCACAUAUUUUUUGUAAAAUUUAUCGUAUUGUGUCUUCAAAAAAAAAAAGAUUAAAUAAUAAAUAAACAAGCAGUUAAAAA